AUGCAUGGCGGUGGUCAUUGCGUUACUUUAACGACGUGUACCCGCGGCAUGGUCCGUUCCGCUGCGCAAACACUCUGCCGGCCGACGGUCGCGACGCCAUAUUAUUAUGUUUCGCCGACUCGCGAUGUUCGUGCCGUUCGGUCGACGCGGGUGGCGCGUUCCUUUCGCCGCCGUGACCGGUCGACAAUAUUACUCUUGUCUACGAGUAGGCAUUCUCCUGCCGUGCAAACAUCACCACCUGUCGCAUAUUCGUUGACGAGAACGAAUGCCACAGCCACGACAGCCGACCGUCGUGCAAUACCUACUGACGAUUUCCACAUACCUACGUGUUGCCGAACCGCCCAUCGUGUCAUCUCCCGUUUUCCAUCUCCGAAGACGAACAUCGGGAACAGAGGUCGAAUAAUAAUAUUAUUAUUAUUCAUUUUGGGAAAUGAGGAUCCUGAUAUGAUUGUGAAGACGGAAUAUGCGGCUAGGCAACGGCAACUAGAUAUGGAUAACAUCCCAAUUGUGCGAAUUCCACUUGUUCUUCCUUCAUUGGAAAAUCAACAUCAAUUGUGUAUAAUAUGCACUGUGGAAGAAAGAACACACACCUUAAUACCAUGUGGCCAUAAAAUAAUAUGUGUCAUGUGA